AAAAUAUUCAGCAAAAUAAAAAAAUAAAAAUCAACUGUAGAGUGUGUCGAUGAUGAUCACAAUCCCCAUCGAAUCACUCAUCAAUUCCAUUACAUAAUGACGAUGGUAAUGGUACCUUCAACUCUUCCAUUUUGAUUUAAAAAAAAAAAAAAAAAAACCAAACAUCGUAAUUAAAAAAAAAACCAAACAUCAUUCAAAUAACAAACCUUUGUCCCCCUUGUUUUGUUCCACCCACACACCUCAUCCUCCAUUUCACAUCGAUCUUUCCUUCUUUGAUCUCUCUCCAACGAGGACACUCUCAAAUAUUGUAUCUUGUUAUAGAUUUUAUAUAUAUACACAUGUAUUUAUAGAGAGAGAAAGAGAGAUGCUGAAAAGUUCCGUUUUUCAAGUUUAUCACUUUCUUUGGAAUUCUCAAGAAAGCAAAUCAUUUUAGAUUUGUGGAGAGGGUUGUCAUGCUGAAUGAUUCUGCCAACUACUGGAAUAGGGAUGAAUUCUGCCAUAGAUGAUAUGAAUUUGAUUCAACAAGCACAGAGGCAUCACUUGGUUGUGAGGGAGAUUGGUGAAGAGAUUGAUUUAGAAAUUGGACCUGGAGAAGAUGAUCCUUCAUUUGGUAAUACAGCACUAAAUUGUCCACCGUUGCGGGAAUGUUCUACGGAAGAGCAUGGUGAGAGGAAGCAGAUGGUGGUGGUUUCUCAGCUUUCAAAUGAUACUCAAGAUAUGUCUCAGACCCAACAGGGGAAAAGGAAGAAAAAAGUUGUUAAAAGAUGGAGAGAGGAAUGGGCAGAUACAUACAAAUGGGCUUAUGUCGAUGUUAAAGACGGGACACCAAGGAUUUUCUGCUCUGUCUGCAGGGAAUUUGGCCGGAAACAUCGAAGAAAUCCUUAUGGGAAUGAGGGAAGUCGUAAUAUGCAGAUGAGUGCCCUCGAAGAACACAAUAAUAGUUUGCUUCAUAAAGAAGCUCUUCGUCUUCAAUCGGCCUCCAAAGAUAAAAUUAUGGCAGACAAGCCCGUUUAUGUUAAAGCUGUAAUGUCAAAAACAGCGGGAUCAAUUCUUGAAGCUACACUAAAAAGGGAUCCUCAUGAGGUUGAAUUCAUUCAGGCAGUCCAGGAGGUAGUUCAAGCUCUUGAGAGAGUCAUCGGGAAAAAUGCUCAUUAUGUUAACAUCAUGGAGCGAUUGUUGGAACCUGAACGAAUGAUUAUUUUUCGAGUUCCAUGGGUGGAUGAUAGGGGUGAGACACACGUUAAUCGGGGGUUUCGGGUACAAUUUAACCAGUCAAUGGGGCCAUGCAGGGGUGGCAUUCGUUUUCACCCGUCGAUGAAUUUAAGCAUUACCAAAUUCCUUGGCUUUCAGCAGACCUUAAAGAAUGCUUUGUCACCUUACAAAUUAGGAGGUGCAGCUGGUGGAAGUGAUUUUGAUCCAAAAGGAAAAACUGAUAAUGAGACUAUGCGAUUUUGCCAGAGUUUCAUGUGUGAGAUGUAUCAUUACCUUGGUCCUGACAAGGACCUUCCAUCAGAGGAGAUGGGCGUUGGUACUCGCGAGAUGGGGUAUCUUUUUGGACAAUAUAGACGUCUAGUUGGUCAUUUUCAGGGAACUUUUACAGGGCCAAGAAUUUUUUGGUCUGGUUCCAGUCUUAGACCUGAAGCUACUGGCUAUGGACUGGUUUUCUUUGCCCAGCUCAUGCUAGCUGACAUGAAUAAAGAACUUAAAGGAUUAAGAUGUGUAGUGAGUGGUUCUGGAAAGAUUGCAUUGCAUGUUUUAGAGAAGCUAAUUGCAUAUGGUGCUCUUCCCAUUUCAGUAUCGGAUUCUAGGGGAUAUUUAGUUGACGAAGAUGGAUUUGACUACAUGAAAGUACAAUUUUUGAGAGAUAUCAAAGCUCAGCAUAGAAGUUUGCGAGACUAUUCAAAGACCUAUGCCCGGUCCAAAUAUUACGAUGAAGCAAAACCCUGGAUUGAAAGGUGUGAUCUUGCAUUUGCUUGUGCAACACAGAAUGAGAUUGAUCAAUCUGAUGCCAUGAAUUUGGUUAAUUCAGGCUGUCGUAUACUAAUAGAAGGUUCAAACAUGCCCUGUACUCCUGAUGCAGUUCAAGUUCUGAGGAAAGCUAAUAUUCUUGUUGCUCCUGCAAUGGCUGCUGGUGCUGGAGGGGUUGUGGCUGGAGAACUUGAAUUGAAUCAUGAGUGCAGUUUGAUGAACUGGUCACCAGAGGACUUUGAAUCUAAAUUGCAGGAAGCAAUGAAACAAACAUAUCAAAGAGCUAUAAAAGCUGCAACUGAUUUUGGUUAUCAAAAAGAAAGCCCCGAGGCUUUGGUGCAUGGAGCAGUUAUCUCCGCCUUUCUAACUAUUGCUCAAGCCAUGACUGAUCAAGGCUGUGUAUAAUAAAUUGAAUAUUGCAAAACUUCGGAUGCAUCAUUAUGCUGGUAUUUAUCACAUAGGGUCAAAUGGUCAAUGAUCAAUGUCACUACUAAGAAAGCAUAUUUUCUUGUAUAAUUUGUAAUAUAAAAAUUGAUUAUGAAAAGAUGGUAUGAAAAUCUAGAGGACAGACAAAUUUUACUAGUAGAAUAUUUGUCAAGAAAAAGGAGAAAUUGUCUUUGCCUUGUUCAACCCUGUUAGGCUUGAUGAUCUUCAAAACUUGAGAAAUAUUUGUAUGUUGAGAUUAGAAAUAAAAUAUUAACAUUUGAAUA